AUGCCACUUACAGUAUGCAAAUUCACUCACUCAAGCAGACAAUUCUAUCAAAAUCUUGAGUUCGUUUUUACUGGCACAGCCAAAAUGCUUCUCAAAAAACCAGAACAAACCAAAAUAACCAUCUUCUUAUCUGGUUAUUGUGAAGAUGAAGACAAUUCGGACGAAGAAGAAGAAGAGGAGGAAACAAGCGAAGACUCAGACGAUAUCCAGUUCAUUUCCAUCCAUAAAAAACAUUAA